AUGGGUCAUCAGUCUGAAAAUGCUAAGAGGAUACAAAAAAAUAGAGCAUGCUCAGUAGAUAAUCCCGGGCUCUAUGAUUAUCUCAAAGAUGCAGUAGCAGAUCAAGUAAUAGAUAGGGUCUGUGAUGUAGCAAGGUUUUUUCCUCUGGCAUUAGAUGUUGGGUGUGGUCGUGGACAUAUAGCUAAAUACAUGGAUGACAUUAUUGAUAAAUUAGUACAAUGUGAUUAUGCAGAGACACCACUGUCUCAAAGCCAUAUCCCUGAGGAUGUUCCUACCUACCGUUUGGUAGCUGAUGAGGAGUUCCUUCCUUUUCCUAGUAAUACUUUUAAUCUUGUUACUAGUAGCUGUAGUUUACAUUGGGUUAAUGACUUGCCUAAAGCAUUUAGUGAAAUAGCUCGAGUUUUAAAACCUGAUAGUUGUUUAAUAGGAGCCAUGUUCUCUGGAGAUACUCUAUAGUUAAGAUGCUCUUUACAAAUAGCCCAAGAAGAAAAGGAAGGAGGUUUUUCUCCUCAUGUGUCACCAUUUACUGAACUCAAUGAUAUGGGCAGUUUGUUAACUAGAAGUGGUUUUGUUAUGACUACUGUGGAUGUCGAUGAGGUAAUUGUCAAUUAUCCUUCACUGUGGGAAGUCAUGCAUGAUUUAAAAGGAAUGGGAGAAAAUAAUGCAGCAAGGCAUCGUCCUAAUUACAUUCGAAGAAGCACUCAAAGAGCUGCUGAGGUUUAUAAGGAUAUGUAUGGGAAUGAGGAUGGAAGCGUUCCAGCAACAUUUCAACUACUGUAUUUUAUUGGUUGGAAACCAGAUCCAUCUCACUUAGGACCCAGCAAACGAGGCUCAGUGUGUAGGAAUGGACCAGACGCAAUGGCAGUGAACCAUGGCAACCUGCAAAAUGGAGGUUUCUCAAUUUAA